AUGGUGCCGCUCCUCAUCGUGAAGGUGCCGCUCCUCAUCGUGAAGGUGGCGGUCCUCAUCGUGCAGGUGCCGCUCCUCAGCGUUCAGGUAUCGUUUCAUAUCGUGAAGAUGCCGUUCCUCAUCGUGAAGACGCCACUCAUCCUCGUGAAGGCGUUGCCGAUCCUCAUCGUGAAGGUGCUGCCGCUCCCCGUUGUGAUGGUGCUACUGCUCCUCGUCGUGAAGAUAGUGCCGCUCCUCAUCGUGAAGGUGCUGCCGCUCCCCGUUGUAAUGGUGCUGCCGCUCCUCAUCGUGAAGAUGGUGCCGCUCCUCAUCGUGAAGGUGCUGCCGCUCCUCAUCGUGAAGGUGGUGCCGCGCGCCAUCGUGAAGGUGCUGCCGCUCUUCGUCGUGAAGGUGCUGCCGCUCCUCAUCGCGAAGUUCAUUAUAUGA